GUCUUCAAAAAGAUAUCUCAGCUGAGCUUCGAGCAGUAGCUACCCUGGCGCGGCUAUCACAUGGAACGGACAAUCUCAUGCUUUUCGUAUCCACCUUUUUACGUCAUACCGGCGAUUCAGUUACUCACCAUCUAUAAUUAUCCCGACCGGUACAACUAUGAUGCCGUGACUGAAGUUCCCUGUCAGCGUCAAGGAGGAAGUUCUAGCCAAGUGUAUACCACGACCGAAUACGGUUAGAGCGUAACGCUCCAAGCGAGAGCCCCCCUGACACCUUGUAUGAAGGAAUCACAUUGUUGCGAGCGGUUCGAGGGACACGCGGGUCUAUAAAGACUCCGAGGGAACUCUGUAACGAUGAAAAAAAAUACAUCCUUUCAAGCAUCUCGGAGCCGAAAAUCACCAGUGUCUCAUAGCCUGUUCGACACAAAAAAUCAUGUCUUCUUCCAAGCCAACCAUCGCUUGUUUUGGGGCCACAGGUGGAUGUGUAGCCACAAGUCUGGCAUGUGCAUUAAAAUCAGGAUAUAAUUGCACAGCUCUUGCUCGAACACCUGACGAGCUUCACAAUCUCCUCAUCAAUGAACACGGAAUACCCCUAGAAACGAUCACCAGAUAUCUCAAUGUUCACCAGGGCAACGUCAAAAGCCCGACUGAUGUCCGCUCCGUACUCAUUAACCCGAUCGAUCACACACUCCUUGUGGACAUCAUUGUCAGCGGAGUUGGUGCCUACCCAACUUUCCAAUGGAGCAUCAAGCGACCCUUCCCACUCACAGAUCCCAACAUCUGUGAAACUGCAAUUGGCGCCAUCUACAGCGCACUCUCAGAUCUGGCAUCAACGUCUCGACCUCCUAUUGUGACCAACAGCACUGGCCAGAAGCCUCUCCUGAUUCUAGUCAGCACUGCAGGCUGUGGGAGAAACCGAGGCGUGCCAUUGCCCGUGUAUCCGCAGUAUUAUUACCUACUCGGAGGUCCGCUGGCAGACAAGAAGCGUAUGGAGGAGCUAGCAUUCAAGGAUAAGGGAGCCCAUGUGCGAGAUUUUGUGAUUAUGCGGCCGUUGUUCUUGACGGACGGCAUUGCAAGAGGUGAUGGUGGGCUUAGAGUGAGUUGGGAAUGGGGCGUGGAAGGGGCCGAGAAACGUCCUAAUGAGCCUGGUCCUGAGAUUGGAUAUACUGUUAGUCGCAAAGAUGUUGGGACUUGGAUUUUUGAGAAGGUCAUCUGUCAGGGUGGGUGGGAAGGAAAGUGUGUGUACUUGACUUACUAG